GGCCAACGUGUGCUUUUCACCCUACGGCCAACCAACGAGAUGGCGCGACACCUGGACUCUAGACAGCACAGGAUGGCUGUCCAUAUGAUACGUAGCAAACGGCUAAGUAACUCACAAACUGCUCAGAUUGCCAAAUGUAGCGAGAGGACUAUUACCGAGCUCCGCAGAAAGUUGCGACUGUACGGCACCGCCAGACCUCACCUUGUCCGCGCUGGCCGGCCACCAAGCAUCACCCCUCUCAUGCUCGAGGCGUUAUGUGAUCAUCUUGUUGAAAAGCCAGGCCUCUAUAUUGAAGAAAUGGCAGUCUUUCUAUGGGACGAAUUCAGUGUUCUCCCUUCAACGUCAAGCAUUCAAAGAGCCCUUUCCCGGCAUGGUUGGACGAAAAAGCAGGCGCGACAGAAAGCAAAAGAACAGAACCCUCAACUAAGAGCUUUCUAUCAGCAUAAACUGUCAAAUUACCGGUCCGAUCAGCUUGUUUUCGUUGAUGAAUCCGGAUGUGAUAAACGGGUUGGCUUCCGUCGCACUGGUUGGUCUCCACUCGGGGUGACCCCAGUCCAAAUUUCUCAAUUUCACCGUGGUCAACGUUACCAUAUACUUCCAGCCUAUGCUCAAGAUGGAAUUGUAAUCUCAGACAUCUAUCAAGGUUCAACUGAUGGUACGGUCUUCGAAAGCUUCAUCCAGCGGCUUCUUCGGCAUUGUCGGAGAUUUCCAGAGCCAAGAUCCGUGAUAGUCAUGGAUAAUGCAUCCUUCCAUCGCUCAGAGCGCGUCCAACAGCCGUGUUCUGAUGCAGGAGUCAAAUUACUCUAUCUACCACCUUACUCGCCAGGUUUCUAUCCUAUUGAGGAGUUUUUUGCCGAGCUGAAGGCAUAUAUCAAGAAAACUUGGUCAACAUUCGCGGAAAAUCCUGGUCAAGGCUUUCAUUCCUUCCUCCGAAAAUGUGUCCAGAUUGUUGGUGAGCGAGAGAAGAGUGCUGAGGGCCACUUUCGACACGCGGGCAUAACGUUAGCAUCAGCGUAA